AUGAGCGUACGUGGCUCCUUAAUCAACCCAAUUUUGGAUCAACUAGUGCUCGAAUCCCAAUCGCUUAUUCAGAUUUAUCAGAACGCCAUCAAGGCCACCAAUGAAAAGUGUCCUGAAGCUGGUACCGAACGGGCCUUGAUGCUCGCGGAUGCUUGCUCAUCUUCCAAUACUAUCUCAGGCCGAAACCUUCAGCAACAAUGGGACACUAUAAAGAUGUUGUGCCGUUCCAUGGAGAGAACUUUGCCAGGUCAUUCGAAAGGAAUUGUAGAAAGUGCCGAUAACAUGUCGCGUACCGUGAACUGUCUGGUCAAUGGAAUACAAGACGCCGAUAGCUUCCAAGAGGCAAACUUUCCCGUCCAAAUUUUGGGAUUGUUGCAUUCAGUCAAGGCUGCCAUAAAACUGCAUAUGGCAAAGGAAUCAGAACUCGGUAGCCUACGUCAAUCCAAAGCUUCAUCUGGAUCAGCAAUGCAACUCCAUCAAUUGUUUGGUGGUACCGAACCUUCGAGUGGAGGUAGUUCAGCUAGUGCUGUAAGUGCUACAGUCAGCUCCGUCGCUUCCACUGCGACUACUUCACCAUUAGUUGAACCACCACCACCUCAACCCGUCAACCAACAAAUCAACAAUCAACGCUCUUCGACUACCCAACCACGAGUAUCAACCCCUCAACGUUUGUCUGUAGUAACUCAACCAAUCGAGCAACCACAGCCAGAGCAACCACAGCCAAGACCAUCCUUAUUUGCUACACAGCGUUCAUCUACGACUGGAAGACGUCAAUCUGUAUCGGAAAGACCACAAUCUCUAAUAUUCAAAGACGCCCAAUUAACCACCCAACCAGAAGAGCCCGUAGGAGUAACUCCUCCUCGCCGUAGUGUCACUGAUGCCAUUGCCAAAUUCGAGGCCGUUGCUACUAGCGAAUCUGCAAAUGAAAAUCGGAUCAGCCUGUUGGCUGACAUUCCUGCAAUUUCGCCAAUCGCAUGGACUCCUGCAACCACUGAAAACACUGGUGCUGGUGUCAGCAGAAGCAAAUCUACCAGAAAAAUACCUCCUCCUCCAAUGGGAAACCCUCCACCUCCCCCAUCUGAUGAUGACGAGGAUAGUUCAGGAGGGUCGGAUUUGUCACGACAAAAGACACUUGUCGCCAAAAAGAGAAACAGGCCAACCCCUCGCUCAGGGUCCAACCGUAUCUCAGACCCCGAAUCUAGCCACGGUAGUGGUGGGUCUAUACGUAGCAAGCUAUCCAACAUCUCGCCAAACGAGUCAACCAGACCUGAAUCACUAGUGGACGAUACUAAAGCUGGAGUAUUGCCAGUCUCGAAGGCCCGCGAAUUAUUUGAAUCAAAAUCGGGCGAGCAGCCUGCUCCUGCCCCAUCAACAAACCUGCGACACGGCCGUGAACCUAGCAAAACUUCAAAAAUCAAUGUGGACGCUAUUUCAGCUAAAUACCAAGACAAGGUUGGCAGCACUACCGAACAAAAUGACGAAGAUGAAGAGUCAACAGAUGAUUUUGUACCCAAAAACAAGUCUCUUGCUUUAGCUAGUCCGGACCUCAAGACUACUUUGGCUUCCAUCGACAACAUUUUGGCAGCAGCUGGUGUCCCGCUGGAUAAGAAUGUUAUAGCAAACACUCCACCAACCAGCAAUGGCGCAAUGGGCGUUGCUUCUCGAUCAAGUGGUGCUGAGCCAACUCGUAGCUCCGGUAGCCCUAAACCCCUUCGCUCCUUCCUUACUCAUGGCGGAUCUGCCAAGAGCUUAUUCCAACAGCUACCUGGAGUAUUUGGUGUCACUGGGGCCACUUUUGGUGAUAAAGCACCAGUCAGUUCAGGAAAAGACUCUGCUACGGCUGCUGGAAGGAGGUUGCUAGAAAAGGCUUCUUCCGUUGCAUCACUUGAACGUGCUAACUCAAUGAACUUGGCUCCUGGAACCGGUCAUUCUCACUCUGUUUCGGUUGCAUCUGGUGAUAUGUCUGCUGAACUGGAUACACCAAUGUUGAUGCUGAUGCCAUUGAACGACAUGUUUGAAAUGUGCUACUUGAACUUGACCGAACCUGUUAAGAUGGGCCGUGGAUCUUCUGUUGGAAAGUCAGUCAAGACUUUCGAUACACGAGUUGUCAGUAGAAAUCAUACUGAAAUGUUCUCCAGAGACGGAAAGUUCUAUCUGAAAGAUGUUGGUAGCAAUGGUGGAACAUACUUGAAUGGCGUUAGACUGUCUGGGCCCGGAGAACUCAGUAAAGAUUUCGAGGUCAAUUCUGGUGAUUUGAUCCAGCUGGGCAAAGACUACGUCGAGCUUGGUCCGAACGGAAGCGAUGUACAACACAAGUGUGUCAAAUUCCAAGUUGCUAGCGUCGCCGGCAAGAAAAGAAAUCGACCCACAUCUGUACUUCCUUCCAACCAAAGCAGUAUGAAUGAAGAUUUGAACAUUCAUAGUGCUCAAGUCGCACCUCCAAUCGAGCCACCAAAAACCGAAAACCAAGGAGGACUAUCAAGAUCACUGACCUUAAAAUAUCAGCCCAUUGAAAUCGCUCAUACACCAGCCAUUGCGUCUUUGAAAGAACAAUUCAGUGCUAAUUUCAAGAGUGAUCAUUCUUUGAAAAGUGGUGAUGGAUCCGGCUCUAAAGAAUCACUAUCCAUCCCUCUUACAAAUGUUGGAAACCAAGCCAAGUUUGCAUCCUAUGGUUUAUCUGGUGGCAGAGACAAGUUUGUAAUGGCCGUUACGGAGACGUCAUCCAAAUUCACGAAGGUGCAAGUUUGUACUCCACAUGUAUAUGGACAAGUGGUGGCUGAAGUAGAUGUGCAUGAGUGGGACAACAGAUUACGGCACAUGAUUUGCACAGAUAAACGCCCGCAAUUCGCAACGACUAGUGGUCUCGAGCUAGUUACUGAUCCAGCACACCCCCAACGAUGCAGCAUUACAUUACUCGACUCGAAGAUGGAGGUAGCUCAAUUUGAUUACGUGCGAGAGAAGCUCAAACUGCAAAUUACAACUACGUUGGCUGGUGUCGGAUCUCCUUCAUUUACAUUAUCUGGGGGCCUCGGUGAAGCUAAAUGUGUGGUAGUAAUGAAGGCACAUAACUCUCGAGAACAGAAACUUUUGGGUGAAGUGUUUGGUAAACAACCAAUACGAAAGACCAAAAAUGAGAACAGAUGGGCAGUCUCCUUCGACAUUGAGGAUUCAGUGUUUAGUCAGAUUUUGAUGAUGGGAAUUGUGUAUGUUGGUCUAUCGGGUGGUUCGUCAAAGUCAUAA